AUUUUAUCAGUAGCUCAGUGAAUAGUGUGCAGCCCCCGCCGCCGCCAUGUCUAAGUUAAUAUUAUUUAUAUUAUGGGCAGUUAUCAGAGCUUACGCUGCAACACCAAAACAAUGUUUCGAAAAUAUGUUCCCUUUUGGAGUUGCCUCGGCAGUGUUUCAGACUGAAGGCGCCUGGAACAUGUCAGGGAAAGGCGAGAGCAUUUGGGACAGGUACACCCAUAAUCAUCCAGAAUUAGUAUUCGACCACACCAACGCUGAUGUCGCCACUGACUCCUACCAUAAAUACAGAGAUGAUGUGAGGAACGUCAAGAAGCUUGGCGUCACCUUCUACAGGUUUUCUAUAGCGUGGUCGAGGAUUCUCCCUACUGGAUUAAUAAACGAGAUAAAUGAAGAGGGCCUAAAAUACUACCACGAGCUGAUUGAUGAGUUAUUAAAGGCUGGUAUAUACCCGGUGGUGACCAUGUACCACUGGGACCUGCCGCAGAGCCUGCAGGACUUGGGAGGCUGGACAAACCCCAUCAUAGUUGAUUACUUCGUCGACUAUGCUAGGCUACUAUUUCAAAAUUUCGGCAUUAAAGUAAGUCACUGGCUGACCUUCAACGAGCCCCGUUCUUUCUGCCACGACGGGUAUGGUGGUUACAAUGCACCUGGAAGCCGCUCCAGCGGACUCGAAGACUACCUGUGUGGUCACAACGUACUGAGGGCGCACGCUAUGACUUUUAGAAUGUAUGAGAGGGAGUUUAGCCAUCUUAAAGCUUACGUGGGAAUAGCUCUGGACAUGGUUUGGUUAGAGCCAGCGACGACAUCAGCAGACGAUCAGAAAGCUGCCGAGACAGCAAGGCAAUUCACCUUUGGCUGGUUUGGUCAUCCGAUCCUUUCUGAAGAAGGGGACUACCCUCAAGUGAUGAGGGAGGUAAUAGACCGCAACUCCAUACACCAGGGUUUCUUCCGCUCUCGCUUGCCAACGUUCACACCAGAAGAGGUCGCCAUGAUAAAGAAGUCGUAUCACUUCUUGGGAUUGAAUCACUAUACUACCAAAUUAGUUACCAAAGGUUCUGGUAAUAUUAGUAACAAACCAUCAUACGAAGAUGAUAUGGGAGUGAAAAUGAGUCAGAAACCGACCUGGCCGAAGACCAAUGCCACGUGGAUCAAUGUGGUGCCGUGGGGCUUCAGGAAAACAUUAAAGUGGAUAAAGAACUCAUUUAACAAUCCUCCAGUCUUCAUCACAGAAAACGGCGCGCCGUUUGAAGCAGGCCUGCAAGACGUGAAGAGAGUGAACUACAUCGAAGCAUACCUGCGCUCGCUACACGACGCCAUAUACAAGGACGGCUGCAGGGUCAUGGCUUAUACUUACUGGAGCCUCAUGGAUAAUUAUGAAUGGAUGUGGGGCUAUUCCGAGCGUUUCGGUUUAUUCGAGGUGGACUACAAGUCCUCGAACCUGACGCGGUCGGCUCGCCUCUCCGCCGCCUUCUACUCCACAGUCGCCAGGACCAAGUGCAUCCCAGACAACUUCAAUUACUACAACUACUAUAUUAUUAACUAAAAUAUGCUGUUAAAUACUGUCUACUUUAUUUUAAUGCUUUAUCUAAUACUAGUCUGUUACUGUAAUAUUCAACUGUAAUUUGACUUCGGCUCAUGGUUUUCAAAAUUGUAUUCAAUAAAGUUAAUGUAAUGCGUACCUAUCUAGAGUACCAAAUAUUAAGUGCGUUGCUGAUGAUAGGACAUUUGUAUCUUCUUAAAUAAUGACUACCUGUACAUCUGGAUUCAAAUAUAACGGCAUUACUUUGCUCGCUGG